AUGGAAGCCGAAGAACAAGCUGGGGCUAGCUCAAGUGAAGUACAACAGAAAGAUUCUUUAAACUUGGAAGCUGGUCCUCGACACAUAAUCUCACAAACACUACCUUCAACUUCUUUGGUUGAAGACUCUGAUGUGUAUGGAAGAAAUGAGGACAAGGAGACCUUCAUUAGAUUAUUGCUAGCCGAUGAUGUUGACAACAAGAUAGGUGUGAUUCCCAUUGUGGGAAUGGGUGGGAUCGGAAAGACCACCCUCGCUCAGUUCUUAUACGACGAUGUUGGAGUGAGGCAACAUUUUGAGCUCCGGGCAUGGGUUUGUGUUUCGGAAGAAUUUGAUGUACAAACUUGUGGAAGUAAGAUCAUUGUUACUACCCGGAAUGAACGUGUUGCAUCUGUGAAGGGUGCUUUUGAAGCCCACCGUCUGAUGCAAAUAUCUGAGAAUGACUUGAUCGGAAGACCAAUCAUUAGCAAGUGCAGAGGCCUUCCUUUAGCUGCAAAAUCGCUUGGAGGUCUUUUACGAUCUGAACAGGAUGCAGAGGAAUGGGAGACUGUACCAAAGAGUGACAUCUGGGAUACAGAGUGUACAAUUCUGCCUGCUCUUUGGCUAAGCUGCCAAUACUUGCCUCCCCAUCUCAAGCGUUGUUUUGCCUAUUGUUCUGUUUUCCCCAAAGACCACGAAUUCUGCAAGCAGGAAUUUGUUUUGCAGUGGAUGGCUGAAGAUCUUGUACAACCCCAAAAGAAGAAAACAAUGAAGGAAGUUGGAGAGAUAACAUUAGGGCAGCUACCGUCCCCUUUAGAGCUUGAAAUCGAUGGGCUGAAUGGAGUGGAAUCAGUAGGUUCUGAAUUUUAUGGUGGCAUAGGCACCAAACCUGCAUUUACAUCUCUGGAGGUUUUGAAAUUCAGAAAUAUGCAGAAGUGGCAACAUUGGAGUGAAGAGAACGACGAGUUCUACAGUUUCGAUCAAGCUUUGCUGUUGGAAGAAUGA